AUGCCCAACUUCAGCACCUUCACUCAAGGAAGCGAAUCCCACAGCUUCCACUCCUCAGCCCGCCCCCUCCGCCAACCCCGCCUCAAAAAAAAGUCCUCGAUAGGAAAUCUCGUCGAUUCAAUCUCGCGCGCUACAUCCGCUGCAUACGAUAGUUUUGUCGGAAGCCUUACCGAUGAUGAGGGUGAUGAGGAUUUAUUCGUUCCUAGCGGGGCGGUAAGGCGUCGCAGUGGCAUUGUGGGGUUUGUGAGCGAUGUGGGGAGCAUUCUUAGUCCGAGACGAGAUGUUACAGAGAGAUUGGUUAGGUACUGGUGGAGCCGUGCGAUUAUUUUAGUCGCUAUACCGGCGGGGGUAACUGUAGGUUGGUGCGCUAUACCGUUACCGAUUACUGUUAGACCGGGUACACCUGGCGAUACCACAUUUAUAUCAUCACUUAUCGAGGGCAUAUUACAUAUGAUAUGGCCCGAAAAACACCUACAUGACGAAAGCGUUGGCUGGAGCAGUACCACAUUCGCAAAUGGCACCGACCCGGGAUCUGAAUCUCCAGGACAUGGUAAAGCGCUAGUAGAGAUCCAUUGGUGGUUCUUCCUACUUGUCUAUUAUGGGUUUUAUUUAUUAAUGGGACUGUUCUACAUGACCAGUUUGUUCAACCUCUACAAUAUGAAUUGGUGGCCGGCACGCCUUGGAGGUCCGGCGACGUAUCUUCUGUCUUGGUCACUAUCAGUCGCCGCCGGCAUUCCGAUCUACUACUUCUUUCGGCCUCUUGCUCACCUUAAUAUUACUUGGAUCUUAUUAACCUUCUUAACAAUGUGUUCACCUGCCGUCAUUUCCUUUAUCGUUCUGCAUACCGAAGACCGACAUAGCUCCCUUCGAUACCAUCAACCCUCUGCACACCUAAACACAUCAUCAUCGUCCCGUUCGAAUAACCAAGAUAUAUCAUCAGACGCUAUUGAAGAUGAAGAACCUACAGAAGGCACAUCGUUACUCUCCUACUCUCACAUUUUCACUCGUUCACGGUCUUCCUCAAAUGCCAGCGCAGAUACUUACCCACCCCGACAUACUAUCCGAAGCCGCAUUUCACACCAAGUCCGGCGACGAACAAGGUGGAUCCCAUACAGCUACAUUCGCUUUCUAUGGUUUUGUGCAGCGAUUUUGAUCGGACUUAUUGCGUUUGUACUCGGGGAGUUAUAUGCCGAAAUCUAUCUUAGGACUCUACCACAUAAUAACAAGGAAACCGUUAUUUAUGUAUACUCUUGGGUCGGUACUAUUCUUGCCUUGGACGGGAUAACUGGCUGGAUCUUGAGCGCUCAAGUUCAAUCCUACCCUCUUGAGUUUGUGUUCAAGCUGUAUUUUAGCCUUACCUACUACACGUACAUUCGAACUCUAUACGCUCGCCUACGUUCUCCCUCACAAUUCGCGAUCCUCCAGCUCUUGUCCUCCUCUAUCGCUAUUCUACUCCAACCUCUCUACAUCUCCCGCCGCUUUCACAGCGUCUUAACCUAUCUCAACUUCUCCUCAAUAACCUAUAACGAGCACAUAAAGCUCACAGGUAGAGCAUUCUACCUCCGCGGUCUCUCCGAAAAUGUCAGUAUGCUCGCGUUCUUAGGUUGGAUCGUAGUCCUUCAUUACGGUCCUAACCGUUUAGUUUAUCCUUAUCUGUCCUUCCAAUCCUCCGACGACAACAAGAAUGAGGAUGGGUAUGACUUCAAUCUCACAUUCUUCGCCAGCCUGGUCACCUGGGCGCUGGAAAUAAUCAGUGGAUGGUGCGUUAGAAGGAUUUUCUGGUUUGGAUGGGAAUUUGGAGUUACAGGUGAAGGAAAACGGGAUUUUAUGGAUUUUGAGGGGUUGCUUGUGGCAACUGUUGCGGUUAUGUGUCAUGGUUUGAUGAACAUGUUGAUGAGUAUUAUUCGAUUGAAGUUCUCAUAG